CCUACACAAAUGUUUCCAGUUUGGCUUGACUGACUUAGAAAAAUGAAAAAUGACUUUUGCUGCUCCUCGUUUCUUACAGAUGCGGUGGAUCUGGGUUCCCCGGAAGAGCUGAUGGAGAUCUCGGAGGUGGACGAGGGCAUCUACACACAGCCCGCCACUAAAGGGGGCAGCCCUCCUACCAUAGUGAUCAGCUGUACCAAUAUCACACCUAGCACUGGGAAAACAGCCAGCAAGGGUCUGCGGCGUCUAACAGGCAGCAAAUCCAGCAAGGACCGAGAGAAGGAAAAAGAGAAGGAUGCCGAGACCUUGUCCAAGCAUUCAUGCAAUCGGGCUAUGAGUGAGAACCUGGACCUGCUUUCCCUCAAGCGUCUCACGCUCACCUCAAGCCAAUCGGUGCCUAAAGGUGGCGCACUGAGCCUUUCACGCACCGCCAGCGCUGCCUUCUCACGAUCCUUUGAGCAGGUCAGCAACGCACUGGGCGUGAGCAACCGUGCACCCAGCCCCGUCCCUGGUCGCAGUCCCAAAGGGAACCGGCACUCGGCUUGCAGCCUGCAAGAGGAGGCCUACAUGGAUCACACAAGUCCAGCUAAAAUCAGCUUGCAGCUUAGCUCGGAUGCCUGACUUAAUGAAAAUACUGAUUCUAAAAGCCUCCAGGUACUCUGGAUUUUGAGCCAUAAGCCACCAGUUUGUUUGUUUUUAAAAAAGUGAAGAAUGAAGAGGUAUAAACGACCCCCCAAAACUGUUGCACCUUAAAUAAACCAGUUUUUUGUGUGUAAUUGUUAGUGUUUUCAAAUGAGUGUGUCAAAUUGUUCUUAUAAAUGUAUUUAAAAUUGUUGAAGAAAAACUGUUUGUUCAUGUACGUGUAUGUUUUCCACUAACUUUUUAAGGCGGUCAGCCUGGUACUGAAAUUUGUACAUAAGCUGUAAAGGGUAUUUUUGAUGCUGUAUUGAUUCCUAUUGAUUAAUGUUGAAGAGUUGGUAUGCUCAUGUAGCUUUCCAAACAGGGUGUUGAUUACAUUUUUAAAAAUAGCACAAGUGUGUGUGUGUGUGUGUUAGGGAUGCACCAAUCCGAUAUUAAAUGUAGGUACCAUGGCUUGUAUUGGAGGUGAACCUCUGCAGUGUGUGCUGCAUCUUGUGUGCUGUAUUCAGUGUGUGACAUGAUAAAACAUUCUACACCACCCAUCCAAUCACAGCAGAGGUCAUGCAUCAUCAUGUUCAACAGGUUCUGAGUAUGGAUGCAAUGUUUGCCAAUUUGUUUGGGUGUGUUUUUGAUUUCCCCGGGCACUUUGUGAAUUUUCCUAUUAGCAUGUCACCCUACGCUCUCAAAAAGAUGACCACACUGCUCUGUCUCUUUCAGCCCAUUCAGCCAGAGUUGCUGUUACAGUGGCACUGAAGAGACUUUCCACCCCUCUGACACGGCCAACUGUGUGCGUUGAGCACAUGGCCAGGCCAGUAGCACCAUCAAGACUCAUAUUUGGGAACUUUUACUCUCUGCAGUGGUGAGCUAAUGAGCUAAUGUAUUAGACUGCUGUUUUACCCGAGUGCCACUUUGCCAGAUUUGACCAGUAAAUGGUCAUUAUUCAUCUGCAGUUAAUUGUGAAUUGUUGACAGUCCUACAGUGGCAAUAAUAUUGGGUCUGUUCGAGAACCUAGUGAGCUGCCUUGCUGUCCACUGCCUACAUAGGCAGCUGCCUAAGUAGAGAGGAUUCUAACUAUGUCAUCGACUUAAGUCAAGUUAUUAAAACGCACUACUUAGACAGCGAUUACAUUAGUUUUUGCUUACUAAGCCAACACAGUUAGCCUCAUGCCAUUGAAACCAAUGGGAUGAGGCGGCACAACGCGCUAGCAUGUCAACUAACAUCUCCCUCCGUGUACUGAAAACGGUUAAAUUGUCACUGACAAUCCCGAAUUUACAAAUGAAUAACACUUGUACACAUUUAUACAAAUUAAAAAUCAAUUAUAAUUUAUUUACAUUGAAAAUAACUUAGUUGUGCCGCACUGAAUGCUGGGAUUGCCUUCACCGCUAAGGAAACAUCGGAUGCUCCCUCGUUAUUUAGUUCAAAUUUAAGGUACCUUACUAGGCAGCAUUUUAGGGCAUCUAAGAAUUCAGAUAGCCGUCUUCUCUGGAGUGUGCAUAGGAUGACGUAAAAUGCUGUCUAUGUAGAGAGCGCUCACUAGGUUUUCGAACACACCCAUAGAUUAUAUCACCAAAAGGUGUGUACCUGACCAUUAGCUUUUGGACAUCCCAUUACAAAACUACAAGCACUGGUAUGGAGUUGGUCCACCUUUGUGGCUAAAACAGUCUUCCUUCUUCCCACUUUAAGAAUGUCUAUUGAGCUCAUUUACUAAAAACACUUUUUUUAAAAUUUUUUUUUUUUAAUGCAUUUUCUCCCGAUUUUUUGCGUGUCCAAUUUUUACCCAAUUGCGUUAUGCUUCCUCUCUACUGGUGCUGACCACCACCCCUGAUUGAGGAGAGCGAACUGACGCACGCCCCCUCCGAUACGUGAGCAGUAGCCAUCUGCAUUUUUUCACCUGCACCAGCCGAGUUCAUAGGCGAAUCAUCCCUGUGCACGGAGAGCCACAACCUGAUCAGCAUUAUUCCUCUACUCUGUGCGGACGCAAUCAACCAGCCAGCAGAGGUCAUAAUUGCAUCAGUUAUGAGGUCCCUAUCCGGCUACCUAACCCUGUAUGAACGACAGCCAAACGUUGUUCAUAUAGCCGCCCAGCCGGAUGACAGAUCUGAGAUUCGAUAGGAUACGAUGUAUUCGAAAUCCCAGCUCUGGUGUGCUAGCGUAUUUUACCCCUGCGCCACCUGAGCGGCCCACUUGAUCACUAUUAACUGUAUUUGAUAAACUUUAAGUAAUACAAUAUGCUUAAUGCAAGGGUGGCAUGGUGGUGCAGCGUGGAGCCUCCAGUCACUGUGUGGGAAGUAUGGCAUUUUCUUCCUAAAUGUGGGGAAUUUUGUCAUGGUACUCGGAUUGUCUUCCACCAUCCAAAAACGCACAGACAUGAGUGGGUUGGCUGCUCUAAAUUGCACCUCUAGGGUAUUAAUUCAUGGGUGAGGGCUUGCUGCUCUGUUGCUGAUCAAGAUGAAGUCUAAAAGUGAAUGAAUUAAUUAUGCUUUCUGGGCAUUUUAAAGUGGACAGACAGUACUCUUCUAAAUAUGUAUCACUUGUUUGGUACAUCCAGUCUGAUUCCUGGAGCUGCUUAUAGCUCGCUGUGGUGCAACAUAACUUCUGGUGUACAAGAGGACUUGAUUCCAGGAUUUUUAUCAGACUAAAUGUGAUAUAUUUUUCAAUCUAAUCUAUUUUGCUUUAAUGAGGAACAGAUUUUUCUAGAGGUUGUGGAAGAGACUCUAAACAUUGGUAUUCAUUGGUGGAUUGGUGCAUCCAUAAGUGUGUUUGGUGAGUUAGAAGAACUUUAAUUGUGCUUCCCCUUUUCUACAUACUGAGCUUUAUUAAAAGCUGUCAGUCCUUUGUUUGGCAAUAUGUCAGUAUCUCAAAACAAUGAAGUUUUAACUCAGAAUUGGUAGAAUUGAAGACCAAAACAGUCUUUGUUUACAUCAAGCUCUUCUAGUUGUAUUUUUGAAGCAAUAUUAUUGUCCUGGCAGCAGAAUCUGCCCUUUUAUAUUGGCUAACAAAUUCACUUACGCUAGUAAUAUUUUCUUAUAAAAUAAACACAGGUGUUGUGGCUCAGCCGCAGAGUGCAGUAUUAACACAACUUCAUGAUUUGAGACCCGCUUUUCAGCUUAAUAAUGUUUCAAUUAUUUAAUUAUUAAAACAACACAAAUCUCA